AUGGAACAAUAUCUUCAUAUAUUUAAAAGUUUUCGUGUACCAGGCGUAGAAAAAGAUCAUGUGUAUCCUUAUAAAACAGAGACACAGCCAUCAAAAAAUGAGCACAUAAUUGUAGUAUACCAAAAUGUAUUUUACACACUUGAUGUUGUUAUUGAUUACCAAGAAAUCAACGAAGAAAAUAUAUAUUUAUCACUAAAAAAUAUCGUGAAAAUGACAAAUGAAAAUUCAGAUCAUGGCAUUGGCAUACUAACAACGUUACCGAGGCGUAUGUGGGGCACUAUACGAAUGGACUUGUUGAAAAAAGAAAAUUUACAGAAGUUACUGUCUUGCCAGAAUGAAACGAUUAUGUUACCAGCAAGAUGUUGGUCAUUUCAGCUGCCCGUGAGAUCAUUAGUUCUUGAUGAGGUGCACUGUGGAAAAGCCGGUCAAAAUUAUGAUUGGUUAAACCGUGAAACAACCCUAUUUGUGAUCGCUCUAUUGAUGUGCCCCUUGGAAAAGGUAAUUGUGAGCUCUAACGGUACGUGGGGUUUAAAUAUAGAGCACUCCUUAAUUGAUGGUAUUGUAUCACAAAAAAUAGCUGAAUAUUUAUAUAGAUAUGUGUAA